UCUCUGGCCUGAAGUAUGCUCCUGCCCUUGCUGGGCCUGUGGGUCGACAGAGCUGCCGAGGAAAUCUUACUGAGAAUCCUGCAGGUGAGGAUGUUCGGCAGCGGGACCAGGAAAUGGUUUGUGCGCAAGCAGAGGAAACAGCGCGUCGUUGGCGGCGGUGGCGGCAGGAAGUCGGUGAGCAGGAAGAGGAAGAAGUGGGCGGCACAGAUCCUCAAGCAUCACCGUGCCACCAUCCUCACGCAGCUGGACGUCACCAAGGUGCUGCCCCACCUGGUCCACGCCAAGGUGUUCUCCCCCGCCGAGUACAAGGAGAUCCUGGGCCAGGACGGCCAGCGGCAGAGAGCGGAGCUCUUCCUGGAGCAGCUGACCGCCAAGGGCCCCGGGGCCUUCCUGGCCUUCUGCUCCGUACUGGAGGAGGUGUGUCCACACCUGCUCACCUGCCUCCUGCUCGACGGGGAAGAUGGGUCCUCCUGCCUCAGAGCCAAGAAUGGGACAGCCAUGCCACCCCACAACCAUGACAACGACCCCUCUACGGGGCAGGAAGCCAUGUGUUUGCCCCCCAUGUACUCAGACCCUCUCUAUGACACCAGGGUGUACCCCAAGCGCCAUAAGAAGUUCCCCCCCGACACUGACGAGGAAUCAGUGACCGAGGGCUCGACCGUCAGCACCGUCCAAGGCAAACCGUCACUGCGCCGCAUCAAGGGUCGCAUCCACCGCAGCAAGAGCCUGGACAGCAUCGACCUGCUCGACUCCAAUAGUGCAGUAAUGGAGGAGACCGUAAUCUGGGAACAGCACACCGUAACUCUCCAUAGGGCACCAGGGUUUGGGUUUGGGAUCGCCAUCUCAGGUGGGCGGGACAACCCCCACUUCCAGAGCGGCGAGACGUCCAUCGUCAUCUCAGAUGUCCUGAAGGGUGGACCAGCCGAGGGCCUGCUGCAAGAAAAUGACCGCGUCGUCAUGGUUAACGCCGUCUCCAUGGACAACGUGGAGCACGCGUACGCAGUCCAGCAGCUCCGAAAAAGUGGCAAGAACGCAAAGAUUACUAUCCGUCGGAAGCGUAAGGUGCAGAUCCCGAUGGGGCGCCUGGGCGAGCGGGAGACUAUGUCGGAGCACGAGGACGAGGACAGCUACGAGGACGAGAUCUACGAGGUGCGUAGUGGCCGCAGCGGCCCCAGCGCCUAUAGCGCGGGUCGGCGGAGUGGCCGCGGUGAGAGGGGCAGCAUCGGGCGGCGCGAGAGGGAGCGCGACCGCGAGCGCAGCGGCUCUCGCGAGAGGAGCAUGUCCCCGCGCUCCGACCGCCGCUCCAUCACCUCCAGCGUCCCGCCACGCCCUGCCAAGGUCACGCUCAUCAAGUCUCGCAAGAAUGAAGAAUACGGGCUUCGGCUGGCCAGUCACAUCUUCGUGAAGGACAUCUCUCCCGAGAGCCUCGCGGCCAGAGAUGGAAACAUCCAGGAGGGAGACGUGGUGCUCAAGAUAAACGGCACGGUGACGGAGAACCUGUCCCUGAUCGAUGCGAAGAAGCUGAUCGAAAGGUCAAAGGGCAAGCUGAAGAUGGUGGUCCAGAGGGACGAGCGGGCGACCCUGCUCAAUAUCCCCGACAUGGACGACAGCAUCCCCUCUGCCAACGUGUCCGACAGAGACGAUAUUUCAGACAUCCACUCAGUGGCAUCUGAUCAUUCCAACCGUUCCCAUGAGCGGCGCCGCAGCAGCCGCUCUCGCUCCCCCGACCGCCGCUCGGAGCCCUCCGACCACUCCAGACACUCGCCGCAGCAGAUCAGCAAUGGCAGGCAUGCAGGGCCUUUCUUACACAGAAUCCUCCCCCUCCACAGGAGUCGUGAGGAGGAGCGCGUGUCCAAGGGAGCGCCCAUCCCCAUGCCCGCCAAGAUGGUGGAGGAGACGCCCAGACAGGAGGCCCCUGCCCGCCAAGACAAGCAGCUGCCGCCGCUGCCAGAGCCCAAACCUGUGUAUGCGCAGCCUGGCCAGCCUGAUGUGGACCUGCCCGUUAGCCCUGCAGAUGCACCUGUGCCCAGCGAGACCCCCGACGACAGCAUCCUCCGGCCCAGUAUGAAGCUGGUGAAGUUUAAGAAGGGGGAGAGUGUGGGCCUGCGUCUGGCCGGAGGGAACGACGUGGGCAUUUUUGUGGCGGGCGUUCUGGAGGACAGUCCUGCGGCCAAAGAGGGGCUGGAGGAGGGAGACCAGAUACUCAGGGUCAAUAAUGUGGACUUUGCCAACAUCAUCCGUGAGGAGGCGGUGCUGUUCCUGCUGGACCUGCCCAAAGGAGAGGAGGUCACCAUCCUGGCCCAGAAGAAGAAGGACGUGUACCGGCGGAUCGUGGAGUCGGACGUGGGUGACUCCUUCUACAUCCGCACGCACUUCGAGUACGAGAAGGAGUCUCCGUACGGGCUGAGCUUCAACAAGGGCGAGGUGUUCCGCGUGGUCGACACACUCUACAACGGCAAGCUGGGCUCCUGGCUCGCCAUCCGCAUCGGCAAGAACCACCAGGAGGUGGAGAGGGGCAUCAUCCCCAACAAAAACAGGGCGGAGCAGCUGUCCAGUGUGCAGUACACACUGCCCAAGACCCCAGGCGGAGACCGGGCCGACUUCUGGCGGUUCCGCGGCCUGCGUAGCUCUAAACGGAAUCUGAGGAAGAGCCGGGAGGACCUGAGUGCCCAGCCCGUUCAGACCAAGUUCCCCGCAUACGAGAGGGUCGUCCUGAGAGAGGCUGGGUUCCUGCGUCCUGUGGUGAUCUUUGGGCCCAUCGCUGAUAUGGCCCGAGAGAAGCUCUCCAGGGAGGAGCAAGACACCUUCGAGCUGGCUAAGAGUGAGCCUCGUGAUGCGGGGACAGAUCAGCGGAGUUCUGGAAUCAUCCGUCUCCACACCAUCAAACAGAUCAUAGACCGGGACAAGCAUGCUCUGCUGGACAUCACCCCUAACGCGGUGGACCGUCUGAACUACGCUCAGUGGUACCCCAUUGUGGUGUUCCUCAGCCCAGACAGCAAGCAGGGCGUCAAGAACAUGAGAACACGCCUGUGCCCAGAGUCCCGCAAGAGCGCCCGCAAACUCUACGAGAGAGCCCUCAAGCUGAGGAAGAACAACAACCACCUCUUCACCACAACCAUCAACCUGAACAACAUGAACGAUGGCUGGUACGGCGCGCUGAAGGAGACCAUCCAGCAGCAGCAGAACCAGUUGGUCUGGGUUUCCGAGGGAAAGGCGGACGGCGCUCCUGAGGAUGACCUGGAUAUCCAUGACGACCGGCUGUCGUACCUGUCUGCGCCGGGCAGCGAGUACAGCAUGUACAGCACGGACAGCCGCCACACGUCCGACUACGAGGACACCGACACCGAGGGCGGCGCCUACACCGACCAGGAGCUGGACGAGACGCUGAACGACGAGGCCGGGCCGCCGCCAAGCCCGGCCAUCACCCGCCAAUGCGCCUGCAGGCACGACCCGUCAUCAGGGCAUCCGACCGGUUACCCGGAUACCAGGUCGCCCCGGUCGUCGCCACCGCGCACAACCCCCACGUGCCGCCCGAACCACAACCACUCAGCGUGGGCUCCCGCAUCGACCCUGCAGGGUUUAAAGGCCCCGCCCCGCAGCAGGAUGUGUGCUGAGGUUGUGGGCGUGUCCGUGUCGCCCUCCCUCCCCUCGCCUCCCGUUGCCGUGGCGACGUCCACAGGCCCCGCCUCCUCCUCCGGCGCCCAGCUGGCGGGUACGAGCCCAUCGGAGCCCCUAAGCCCCGCCCCCGAACCUGAACCCACCCCCAGCCCAGAACCAGAACCCCUGACCCCUCCUCUCGACCCGCACCAGCCGCCUGCUCCCGGGCCACAGAUGUAUAAGAAGGAGCUGUACAGCAUGGAUGAGGCGGUGCGGGUCAACCCCAGCAUGAAGCCGGUGGCGCCGCCUCUUUCUGGCCAACAGGGGGCGCCCUACUCAGCCCAGCAGCCCUACCGUGACUACGACCCUCACCAGCCCUACGGUUACGAGCCUGCUGCGCCACCGCCACGAUCGCACGCCUACGAGCCGCACGCCCACUACGACCCCCGCGCCCCCAUCUACGGAGAGCAGCAGUGGAGCCCCGCCCCCUACGAGCAACCGGCUGCCCCGCAGCUGCCCUCUGCACUGCCCAGCAGCAUGUACCACCAGCCCGGCUGGGCGAGCCCCACAGCCCCACCACGCGGCCCUCGCUACGACGACGGACGAGCUCGCCAUGCCAAGCCCCCUGGCCCCGCCCGCUACGAGGAGCCUCCGCCCCCUCCCCCACCGGCGGCCUACGAGGCGCGCUCGCCAUACGAGCCUGAGCCCCACGCCUACCCGGCGACCGCGCGGUCACCGGACCCGCCCAAGCACUACUAUGGCGACACGCCGCGCUCCGCACAUGCGCUGGGGCCUGCCGGACGCCCCUAUGGAUCAGACGGCCCCCCGCACGCACACACCCACCCAGACACACACGCACGUCCCUACGGGUCAGACGCGCCGCCGCCACCGCCACCUCCCCCCAAACCAGAGACGCUGCUGUCGCCGGGAGACAAGCCCCUCCCCCCGCCACCGCGGGACGAGCCGGAUGAUGACCCGGCCAUGAAGCCGCAGUCCGUGCUGAACCGCGUCAGGAUGUUCGAGAACAAGCGCUCCGUGUCCGUGGACCGUGCCAAGGACGCAGGAGACCCCGGCGGCAUCAGGCCCACUGAUCUACCCAAACCCGUGACGACUCCCGGACCUGUACUCAAAGCCAACUCCCUUAGCAACCUAGAGCAGGAGAAGACUUCCUACAGGGCCCCUGAGCCCCAGAAGCCGCAGCAAAAGCCGGUGGCAGAGCCGGUGCGCACCAACCACUAUGAGCCGGACGAGGACGAGGAGUUCUACAGGAAGCAGCUCUCCUACUUCGACCGCAGGAACUUCGACAACAAAGCGCCCCCCGCCAACCGCUUCCACGACCUCGCCAAACCAACACAGCUGGGGUACCCCUACUCCAGGGCGGAAUCUGUGGACAAGAGCAGCCCGGUGGAGAAGCGAUAUGAGCCUGUCAGUCAGAUAAGCCCCUCCCCCUCUCAAUACGUCCCUCCGGCCCCACCCACAUCGCUCCCCAAACUCAACCCCACAGACGUGAGUUCAGUGCCGGAGCCACACAACUCUCCCAAAGCCAAGCCGGACCUGUCUGGCCUGAGGACCGUCCCUCGCGAGGACCCUGUGCAGGGCGGCUACCUGCCCCCCAAGCCCCCAGUCAACGGCACCGAGGCGCCCCCCAAGACCGCCCCCACCAGCUACAACCGCUACGUGCCCAAGCCCUACACCAGCUCGGCCAGGCCUUUUGAGCGCAAGUUUGAGAGCCCCAAGUUCAACCACAACCUGCUGCCCAACGACAACCAGAGCAAGCCUGGUGUGGGGAACCCUGGUACCAAGCCCCAGCUCUCACCACAGCCCGACCACGACAGCGGUGUGGACACCUUCACGCGCACCAUCGACAACCGCUCCAAGUACCAGCACAACAACAUCAACGCCCUGCCCAAGGCCGUGCCCGUCAGCCCCAGUGCACUGGAGGAGGAUGACGAAGACGACGGCCACACAGUGGUUGCCACGGCGCGGGGCGUCUUUAACUGUAAUGGGGGCGUGCUGAGCUCCAUCGAGACAGGUGUGAGCAUCAUCAUUCCGCAGGGGGCCAUACCUGACGGUGUCGAGCAGGAGAUCUACUUCAAGGUGUGCCGUGACAACAGCAUCCUGCCUCCACUCGACAAGGAGAAAGGUGAAACCCUGCUGAGUCCCCUGGUGAUGUGCGGUCCUCACGGCCUGAAGUUCCUGAAGCCCGUGGAGCUGCGCCUGCCUCAUUGUGCGUCUAUGACCCCUGAUGGUUGGUCUUUUGCUCUAAAAUCCUCCGACUCGUCGUCGGGUGACCCCAAGAGCUGGCAGAACAAGGCGCUCCCCGGCGACCCCAACUACCUGGUGGGGGCCAACUGCGUCUCUGUACUCAUCGACCACUUCUGAGGAGGCCCACACUUCGGUGGCCUGUUCCGCCGCAUGAAGCUACCGCUGGGAGGGGCACACAUCCCUGGCCCCUCCCCCUACACUACGGGAUUGGCUCCUCCCCCUGCUCCAGGGAAUUGGCUCCUCCCCCAUUCAGUGAAGUAUUCUCCCCUCUCCCUUUCUCCAAUCUCAUUUUACGCCCAAAAAAUGUUGUCGUCGUCGUCGGGGGAUGGAUUUGCCUGGCAACCGCUCCUCACCCCACCCACUCCCCAUCUCCACAACCCUCAUGCGUGUGGUCGCCAACCCAAACUCUUUUUUUAUUUUAAAAAGGAAAAAAAAAAAUCUUUUUUGGUGCUUGAAGGCUUGCAAAAAAUGACAUACCAGUAAAUGAAUUGUAUGUAAGUGAAGUUGUGGGGCCGUGGCUGCAUGAGGGGGGCUCUGGACCCAGACGGACUGCGGUCCCCGCCCUGGCUCUCUCAGGCCCGUUUUCUACCAAACCAAGACCAGAACAGAACCAGGCAGAGGAGCCAGAGGAAAAAAAUGAACAUAGAACAUUACCAUAGUACGUUUAACACUUGCAUUGAGAAUUCUACUUAUAUGCUCAGAAACAGAAAAGUUGAUGUAUGCAGAACUUUUUUGGUUUUGAGGACUGUGGUUGUGGGGGUUUUUUUGGAGGG